AUGAAGGAGCUGCAGGACAUCGCGCGCCUCAGCGACCGUUUCAUCUCCGUGGAGCUGGUGGACGAGAGCCUGUUCGACUGGAACGUGAAGCUACACCAGGUGGACAAGGACUCGGUGCUGUGGCAGGACAUGAAGGAGACCAACACCGAGUUCAUCCUGCUGAACCUCACCUUCCCCGACAACUUCCCCUUCUCUCCUCCCUUCAUGCGGGUGCUCAGCCCGCGCCUGGAGAACGGCUACGUGCUGGACGGAGGCGCCAUCUGCAUGGAGCUGCUCACGCCGCGCGGCUGGUCCAGCGCCUACACCGUGGAGGCCGUCAUGCGCCAGUUCGCCGCCAGCCUGGUCAAGGGCCAGGGACGGAUCUGUAGAAAAGCCGGCAAAUCAAAAAAGUCCUUCAGUCGCAAGGAAGCCGAAGCUACCUUUAAGAGUUUGGUGAAGACACACGAAAAGUACGGCUGGGUCACCCCCCCAGUGUCUGAUGGCUGAUGUCUGCCGCGCAUUGGAUGCUCGAGCCGCCUGUCCACACACA